UCCUGCUUUCUGUUGAUGUGCUUUUUAAAAAAAAGCAGGCAGAGGAAAGGUUACCAUGUAGGCUGAGUAGCUAACAUGACUAACUAGCUAGCUAUAGUUAACAAAAAAAAUGUUUGCUUUUUACAGUGCCUCUAAUUCUGUUUAUACAGUAAAGGUGUAAGAUUUUCAUCGGCCGAUUUUGACUGGUAAUCUACACUCAGUGAGCACUUUAUUAGGUAUUUAUUAGACUUCUACUGCUAUAGCCUAUCCACUUAGAAUUAUGAUGUGUUGUGUGGUUAUUUACGUUACUGUCACCUUCCUGUAAGCUUUGACCAGUCUGGCCAUUCUCCUCUGACGUCUCAUUAACAAGGUGUUCCUGUCUGCAGAACUGCUGCUCACUGGAUUUUUUUUGUGUUUUUUGCACCAUUGUUUGUAAACUCUAGAGACUAGAGAAAUCCCUGGAGAUCAGCAGUUCUUGAGAUACUCAAACCACCCUGUCUGCCACCAACAAUCAUUCCGUGGUCAAAGUCACUUAGAUCAAUCCCCCCCCCCCAUUCUGAUGAUUGACUCUUGGCUCUCUUAGCAGCUAUAGUUUCACUUUUAAAUCUAUCAACAUAAAUGACCAGUUAGACCACGUUCCGCCCUGUCGAUCGAGUCUCCCUUGCUGUUAAUGGGUCAAGCCAUUCUGCUGCAGUCCUUGUGCGUACUUGAGUAGUACUUUGUAUUUUUACUAUUCUACAAUAUCGGAAUGCACUUUUUAACUCUCUAUUGUGUAAUAUCAUUUACAACAAAUGUCAAUCUGUUAUAUAUAUUGUAUAUGUUCGCGCACACACUCAUUUCCCAGCAAAUGUCUUCAGGCCCAGAGUCACCACUUUCUUCUGGUUCACUUCUGUUUUGGAAUUACUUACUAUCUUGAAACUUGUGCUAGCCCCGAUCUGGUUGUGGAUGAACUGUAUACAUUUGUCCCGAGUGGAUUUAGAUUUGGUGCAAUAAAUAUUAGAACAUGUUAAAUGUAUGAUUUUUUUGUUUUUAUGAAAGUUAUGUGUGUACCAUGCAUGCUGUUUCUUAGGUUUUGAUACUUUAGUCAUGAUGGUACAUGUGUGCCCUUCAAAUUCAGCCAUCAUCCAUGUCUCUGCUAGGUGUUGCCACACAGUGAAACAGCUUUAUUGACAGUAUUGAAAACAGGCCUGGGGUAAAGGCAGACUUUUAGGGGACAAAUGAACACAAACUGAAAUAGUCAUCACGUUCAAUAUUUUGUUGCACAUCCUUUUUAAUCAAAUGACUACAACCCAAUAUCACGAGAUGCUGGGUAUCUUCCCUGGUGAUGCUCUGCCAGCCCUGUACUGCAGCCCUCUUCAGCUCUGGCUUGUUUCGGUUGUGGUCUUCAGCAAGUGAAAUGCCUGCUCAAUUGGAUUAAGAUCAGGUGAUAGACUCGACCAGCAAAGAACAUUCCACUUUUUGGCCCAAAAAAACUCCUUGGUUGCUUUGGCUUUGUUUUGGAUCAGUCCCGCUGCAAUUUGUCCAAGCAGUUUUGAUGCAUUUAUUUUGAUCUGAGCGGAUGAGAUAUUUCUGUAUACUUUUACAUCCAUCCUGCUGCUGCUGUGUCAUCAUCAAUUAACACGAGUGAGCCAGUUCACCACCUCCACCAUGUUUGACGGAUGAGAUGUAAGCCUUGGAUCAUUAGCUGUUCCUUUUUUUCCCUCACACAUUUCGUUUUUUAAUGUAUGUUUUUGCAAACUAACCAGGCCUGUCUAUUCUUGAGGUUUGCCAGGGGUUGCAUCUUGUGGGGAACCCUCUGGUUAUGCUGACGUGGUAUUCUCUUGAUGGUCAUCUUAAAAAAUCACCAGGAUGUAGAUGUGUCAAUGUUCUCUUGGAACAGAUACAAAAGGAUUUUCUUCACCAUUCAAAGGAUUCUUCUGUCAUCCACUACCCUGGGGUUCCAUGGUCUACCAGGGGUGAACUUGACUGACCACAACAUGACAUUUCAAAGUCUGUCAGACAGGCUGCAGCACUCUGUGACUCCGUUUGUGGUCUCUGUUCAAGCCAAGGAGUGUGCAGCUGUGAAGUACCUGCUGCAGAAAGUCCUGCAAAGGCUAACUGGAGUAUCAAUGGAUAAGGAUGAAGAGGAGACCAGUACUGACCUUCCCCAGAAGAGUGCACAUUGCUUCCUGAGGUCACUCUGUGAUUGGUACAAGACCGCCUGUAAGAAUUCCUCUGGGAUCUCUCCAGGGAAAAAGCGCAGCUUUUCUCAGAUGGACUUCUCUGCAAAUCCACCCAUCAUUGUUAUCCUCAAAGACCUUGAGGCCUUCAGCGCCCAUGUUCUGCAUGCCUUCAUUCUCAUCUGCAGCCAGUACACUCAGCAGCUUCCCCUGCUGUUCAUAUUUGGCAUCGCCACAUCCCUCAGCACAGUUCAGCGCAUGCUGCCCCAUUCUGUGACAUCCAUGCUGUCCAUCAAGCUCUUCCAAGCCUCCUCCUGUACCAAGCACCUGGCCACUGUCAUCGACAAGCUGGUUCUGACGCCCAAGUUCCCCUUUAAGCCCAGCGGUAAGGUGCUGCAGGUGCUAGUGGGUCUCUUCCUCUACCAUGACUUCUCCGUGCACAAUUUCAUCAAAGGCCUGCAGUUCUGCCUGUUGGAGCACUUCCACAGCCAGCCUCUGAGUGUUCUCUGCUGUAAGAAGCAGGAAGCUGUGGUCAGAACUCAGCAGCUAAGCCACCAGGAGAUGGAGAAGAUCCGCCAGCUUCCCUCCUUCAUGAGGUUUGUUGAAGAGCAGGAGCCCCAGGAGCAAGUGGAGCUGCUGACCAGUGAUGAGCAUCUGAAGGAACUGUGUCAGAAACUGCUGAAAGGUCUCCAUCGAUACCACAAGAACUUCUUUCCCAUUCUCAGAUGUCUUCAUGUGCUCACAUCCACUCUACCAAAGUAUCCCCUGGGAAAGCAGAUAAGAGAGCUGCACGUGACCUGUCUGGAGAGGAAUGUGUGGGAGACUGAGGAGUAUGAAUCUGCCGUGCAGCUCCUCAGGAUACUGGCAAGGGAUGAGCUACUCACAGCUUUACAAAAAUGUGUUGAAAUCCUGUUACCCGGAAAGACCAAGGAACUAAGGGAUGCCCUGAAACAACUGCAGGAUCUCAAAGACAGACUUGAACAACUUGAUGCAUAUGCACAUCCUCUCGCUCUGGAUAGGCAUGUUGAGGGCAGGGCAGAUGACUGCUUUUCUGAAAAUGGCUUGCAGAAGAAGACUGACUUGUUCCAGCUUCAGAAGACUUUGCUGCAGAUGAAGGACUCUCGUAGGACCAAGGAAAGAAGCCCAUUUGAGCUGCUUAGAAAUGAAACCAUAGAAUAUAUUCACAGCCUUGUCAAGAUGCAUCUGACCAGACCUGAAUCCCAGCCCCUGUAUGAGGUUUGUUACUGUACCUCCUCCGGAACCCUGCGGCACCACCUCAACGCCACACCACGAACCUCCCUCCAGAUGGCCCUCACUCACCCUUACUGCUACCUUCAGAAUGAGGCCCUCAGGAACGAGACCGGUGCCAUCUCCAGUGCUGCCCCAGAUAUCUGCAUUGUAUACAAGCUGCACCUGGAGUGCGGUCGGCUCAUCAACCUCUACGACUGGCUGGAGGCUUACUCCACUGUGGUCAUAGCUGCGGAGGGAGAGGACCCUGACCCCAGUGAAAAGGAAAACGUUGAUGAAAUUAGACAUGCUUGUUUUAUUCGUGCUGUAUCUGAGCUGGAAUUCCUGGGGUUCGUCAAAUCCACCAAGCAGAAAACCGACCAUGUGGCUCGACUGACCUGGGGAGGCUGCUGAUACACCCUUCUUUGCAUUGGGUUUUUGGGACAGAGCUCUAUGCAUAAUCUAUACAAUUUCUAAUAGAAAUGUCCAUGUGCAAGUAUCUUGUGAAAUUGAGGACUUUAUGCAAAAAUUAGUAGAAGUAUCCAAAUAUUGCACUUUUCUUUUUGGCGUUUCACAUAGUUUGAUCUAUAAAUUCCUUUAUAGAUUUCUACCCUUGUGUACAGUCGGAAGGAGCAUGAUGGAGCAUGUUGGAGCACGUCAGUUGAAAGCUGAGUUAAAAACUGAGGAGGCAGAAAACAUCUGAUUAGACUGAUUAAUGGUCUCAACUUGGUUAAGUAAAUUUAAUUGAUUAAUAAUCGGAUCUUGAAGCUCAGGUUAGACUGAACUUCUUAAUGGAAAAUACAAGCAAUUGGAUGGACUAUGUUACCCUUUACCAUACUUUUCACACAUUCAGUCAUUACACUACUGACAAUAUUGACUUUCACCCCCCACAUUUGUCUUGUCUUUUUGUUCAUUUUGCUUAAUUAAAUAAAUCUCUUUUUAAUCUAA